GUAGUUAGACUGUUGAUUUUGUAUUAGGAGGGAUUACCUUGAGGUCUUCAAAUAUAGGAGUGUUUUCGUUUGUAUCAUUAUUCUUUACGGUCUGUAGGCGGAGGAAUAUCAUUCCUCAACACAAAACACAACAUGGAUCCGCGGUUUUCCUGUGGAUUCCUUGUCUGUCUGUUAGCGGUGGCUGUUUCCCAGGUUAGGGCGUCAAGUCAAACGGUCAACCAUGAGUUGUCGGGUCUGUUUAAUGAUCUUUGGAGACUGGAUCUGAGCCGCUUCACACCAGGGGUCGACUACAACCUCGCUGUUCAAGGCAAAGCUGGAUUCGUCCCGCAGGGUAGUAACAACGCAAGAGAUCGUGCCUCCUCGCCUCUCUUCUCUGACGUCAACGAGGAAAAACUAACGACCACCACCACCUUCUCUCGUUUAAUGAAACUCCUGGAUAACUAUGAGAGGUCCACGGGAGUGGCGGAGAGUGUCACACCAGACGAGGUGACGGAGAACAACCUCUUCCUGGAUGCUGUCCUGGAAACGGAGGUUAUGAAGCGUGCCCACAGGUACCUUGUGAGUAAGGGCAUGUCCAACUCAAACUUGGGGCAGUUUAAGACCCAGCUGUAUACCAUCUGGUUUCGCCUCUACCACAGGGACAGAAAAGGAGGAGAGGACUCCUGCGGAUUUGAGCAUGUGUUUGUCGGAGAGACAAAACACGGAAGUGACAUCAUUGGUUUCCAUAACUGGGUCCAGUUCUACCUCCAGGAGAAGAGCAGUAACCUAGACUACAAGGGAUACAAAGCCCGGGACGUGGACCUUCCUGAUUCAGACGACCACGUUCUGAGCCUGCAGUUCAGCUGGCAUGGCCUGCUGAAGCCGGUGGGCAGCACCUUCAUCGGGGCCAGCCCCGAGUUUGAAAUGGCCCUCUACACCGUCAUCUUCCUCAUCAACACACAGCGCCACACCUCCGUGGUGGUCAACAUCGACCAGUGCCAGCUGGAGCUGGUGGUGGUCCGUCAGGGCCGCUCCCUAGGAACCGCCUACCCCAAACUGCUCAGCAGCAACAGCAGGCAUCAAUAGAUGGACUCCACACAGACCCACCAGCACACACUAAGCACAUGCACCCUACUUUAAGGGGCAUAAUUUUGCUAUCUUUUAAUAGUGGAAUUUUUAGUGAGCUUCAGUAGGAAAGGUUGUAGCUUUUUUUAUUAUUAUUCAUAAAUGUGUGUGUGUGUGUGUGUGGGGGGGGGGGGGGGGGGGGGAUUUGUUUUUAAUAUGCCUUUACAAACAUGACGUUAUGCCCUAGCUAAUUAACCAGUUUUUAUGGAAAGCCUUUACACUUGACUUUGUAUCAGUUGAGUUUAAUUAAAACAUGAUCAAAGUA